GAAUAAUACCAGAACACUAACUUUCCCUACUUGGAAUCCAACUGUGUAAAGUGUCAGGUGCAUUUUCUACACUGAAUUCACCCUGUGCUUUAAAUUCUACGGUAAGAAUUAAAAAAAAAAAAAAUCCAGCAACGUCUUAAUAUGCGUUUAUUUUGAAAUCAUUAUCCGGAAGUUCGGGUCCACACGAUGAAUACCUUGACACCGGUCCAGUCUUGCAGCCUCCUUUCCCUCAGGAUGACUGGGAGUGACGCAGGGCGGACGGAAAAAACAGGGACUUGAGGGCGAAGAACAGGGAUAACAAGCAGUGAUGCAGGAGGGACUGUAGCUUUAAUUUCACAGGUUCAAGCCCGAUGCAUGGCCCGCCCGCGUGCACAGAGGACAUGAGAGUCACCUACACGCAGGCUUUCCUGUGAGAGUCAAUAAUAAAGAAUCAUCACCUCAUCCUUGGGGCGGAUCAUUUCGGAUACACUCCCAGGAAACAUUGGCCCCCGUUUCUGCACAUGGGAAAGUAGCCUAGUCAUUCCAUUUUCUUACUGAACACCAAGUUGUAAGUCGCAGUCAGUGGGAGGAUAUUUGGAACCCCUCUCUCCGUCCUUUUAACAAGUCUCCAUCAUGAACUACCUACGCCGUCGACUCUCGGACAGCAAUUUCAUGUCCAACCUGCCUAAUGGCUACAUGACCGAUCUCCAACGGCCCGACCCGCCGCAGCAAAGCCCCGCAGUGUCGCCCGGGCCGUCGGAGAGGCGCCAGUCCACCAGCCAGCAGCAGUCUGGAGGUGGAGGCUCUGGCUUCUUCUCGUCCAUAUCCAAUGCUGUCAAACAGACUACGGCAGCCGCGGCCGCGACCUUAUCCGAGGCGGCGGACCGGGCGGGAGUCUCCAGCAGUGCCAAGAUCCUCUUGGUUAUCGACGACCAACAGACCGACUGGGUGAAGGUCUUCAGGGGAAGAAAGAUCCACGGUGAAUUUGACAUCAAGGUAGAACAGGCAGAAUUCUCUGAAAUCAACCUGGUGGCAAAUGCCACAGGCACCUACAAUGUGGACAUUGAUGCAAUCAGGAAUGGACAUAAGGUUACAAAAUCCUUUAAGCCAGACUUUGUGCUGAUCAGACAGCAUGCCUUCAGCAUGGACAAGAAUGGAGACCACCGAAACAUAGUGAUUGGACUGCAGUAUGCUGGACUGCUAAGUGUUAACUCUUUGCACUCUGUCUACAACUUCUGCGACAAACCAUGGGUGUUUGCUCAGAUGUCUAGACUCUACAAGCAACUGGGCCCGGAGGAGUUCCCACUGAUUGAGCAGGUUUACUAUCCAAACCACAAGGAAAUGAUUACCUCCCCACGGUUCCCUGUAGUGGUAAAGAUGGGCCAUGCUCACUCAGGAAUGGGAAAGGUGAAAGUGGACAAUCAGUAUGAUUUUCAAGAUAUUGCCAGUGUUGUGGCACUGACCAAGACUUACGCCACAUCUGAGCCUUUUAUUGAUGCAAAAUACGAUGUCCGCAUUCAGAAGAUUGGUAACAAUUACAAGGCUUACAUGAGAACGUCAGUUUCUGGCAACUGGAAAACCAACACUGGCUCAUCUAUGCUUGAGCAGGUGGCCAUGUCAGACAAGUACAGAAUGUGGGUGGACUCAUGUGCUGACAUCUUUGGAGGUUUGGAUAUCUGUGCUGUGGAGGCUCUACAUGGUAAAGAUGGCAAGGACUAUAUUAUAGAGGUUGACGACUGUUCAAUGCCACUAAUUGGGGACCAGCAGGAUGAGGACCGUGUUCAGAUCGCAGAACUAGUGGUCUCUCAGAUGAACCAGACUGUUCCACGCACUUCAAGCUCUUCCACAGUCCGUGCCACAGCAGGACAGCCAGCACAGAAAGCAGUGUCUCCUCAGCCUGUCUCUCAGGCCAGAGUACCACAGGUUCAACAGCGCCCCUCACCUCAGGGUGGUCCUCAGCAAAGUCCCCCAUCUCAGCAGCGCCCACAGCCUCAAGGCCAACCCCCUGCACAGGCCCAGCAAUCUGCUGCCAGCCCUGCUACAGGUGACCCCAGUGCCCAGGCUAAGGCUAGCCAAGGACCUCCAGCCCAGCCACGGCUACCAGGUCAGGGAGCUCCUCCAGGCCAGAGACCUCCCUCUGGCCAGGGUUCUCCUCAGCGAAGCCAGGGAGGCUCCCCUCAAACUCAGAGGCAACAGUCUGUCUCCCAGCAGCAGCAGAAACCAUCUGCAGGAGGCGCUGGCCAGAAGCCUGCAGGUGGCCAAACCCAGCAGCAGAGGCCUGCUCAGCCCCCUAGGCAGCAGUCACAGGGAGGGCCACAACAGAGAGCUCCUGGCCAGCAGGGUCGUCCUGGAGCACCCACCACCCAGCAACCCCGACCUGCUGCCCAAGGCCAGGGAGGCCCAGGAGGACGACCCCCACUGCAGCAAAAGCCUCAGCCCCCACAGAAGCCAAGUCAAGACAGUCCGGCUAUGGGCGGCUCUCCACAACUAAACAAGUCCCAGUCUCUUACCAAUACCUUCAACAUUCCAGAAACCCCAGCGCCACGAGCCAGCCUUAGCCAAGACGAGGUGAAGGCAGAAACCAUACGCAAUCUACGCAAAUCUUUUGCCAGUCUCUUCUCAGACUGAGACGGCAUAAGCCCCACCCCACCCCCUCCUCCUACUGACAGAAAGAUGGACAGGCAAACUGAAGGACAGAUCCCUUCUUCCCCCAACAACAAGGACCAACAGGAUGCCGUCUCCAAUUCAUGUACAUUGACCCUGAUAUGAAAAUGUACACAUUUGACACCCACUGCCCUAAGUAGUAAAAAUCUUUUAAAAUGAACAAAAAGUAGAAUAUACAGUAAAUUUAGGCACUGAUGUCUGAAACAUUCCUUGCCUCGCCUCAAGCUUAAGUAAGUCUUCUACUCAUCGUGUCACACACACACACACACACACACACACACACACAGUACACAAAUAAAUGCCUAUAUAUGCAUGACCACACACACAAAAUAAGAGACAAAACAACACAAUACUGCUCCCACUUGUUUGUUGGUGCCGUAAAGUCAAUGUGAUCUUUAUGUUAAAUUUUGGUUGGCUUGCCGACCAACCAAAUAAAUUAAGGGACUGUACGAAAAUUAAUAGGGUAGGGAGAGGUGCUGAAUCUUAUAUAUUAUAUUUCAUAAAAAGCAAUGUAAUUAUAGCUAUGUAACUGUAUAAUCUAUUUUAUAUAAAUAAUUGCACAAUAUAAAAUAUAUAAUAAUGUAGUAAUAUGGAGUAAGAAAAAAUAGAAGACACUCUCCUGCUCUCCCACAGAAAGCUAUACUAUCCUCCCUUUAGCAAAAAUAACAAUGACAAAGCCCUCCCUUUUUUCUCACCCCCUCCACCCCGACUAAUUUGUGUACAGUCCCUAACUCAACACAGCUGCACAUGUACGCUGUCCAGUGUUAGCUAAUGCUAGACCUGUUCGCGCUGUUGAAAGCUCAUGGUGAUGUCUUAGCUGCAUGUCAAAAGGAGGCAAUGGUCGCAUUUUCCAACCCUUGACAUUGGCGCUUGUAACUGUGUCGUCACAUGUAGUUGAAUUAGUUAGUAAAAUAGCCUAGUAGGUGUUGUGAGUAUGUUGUUGCUGCCACUUCUUCCUGUUUUAUGGUCGCACAAGAACAAAAGCCCAAAAAGCUCUCCACCUUCAAAGCAUGCCUUACACAGACAAGAACGUCAGAUCAAAUGGAGCUGUCUCAGGGAUGUCCAAUUGAUUGUGACACUUGUGUGUGGGUGAGGGUCUUCCAUUACAGUUUUAUUGUGGCUGUUUACCAAUAAUGAAAGAAAAGCAUGCAUUUUAAUGAGUUAGAAUGUUUUUUAUUAUUUCCAAUGCAUUUGCACACAGAAUAUACUGCAACAUUAUACUUGAAUACAGCAAGAAAGACUGAUGUAUGAAAUCUAUAUUUUCAGGUUUAUUCACCUGCCACUUGACAAAGCAGCAACUCACUGUUCUCACCCUUGGGUGCUGCUGUGUCUAUGACAGGUGUGGUACAGUGGGAUACAGCAUAGGCAGGUUUGGCAACUGUUCAGGUACAUUUUGUGAAAAAUUUGAUUAUUUAUAGUUUCAUAUCAUAUUCCCUUGAUUUCAAAGCAAUGCAAUGAGAAGAAACAUAUGACUGCAAUCCAGCUAAUGAAUUCAAUGGAUGCACACAAAGUAAGUGGAUUAUUUCAGGUUGAUUUUAGAAGUUGUCAGUGCAUUGUGAUUUUGCACUUAAGUAAUUCCAACCAAGAGUGCAGCAGAGUAUCUGCUUCCAUUACUAUCCCUCUGGUCUCAAUGGGUUAGUUUGUAAGAAGAGGCCAUUGUCUACUCCAAAGCAUACUCAGCCAAGGAAUGUUACAUAUUUGCAUCUCUAUACAAUAAAGAAAAUAAUGUGAAGGUAGGGAUGUCAAGUGCGUGAUGCACCUCUGCAGCAGAUUUAGCACUUCCUGUCACCCCUUCUUCGCACUGACAGCCCUGUCUUUGAUCACUACUCUGCAAAAUCCAAGCUGUUGCUAGAACCCGUUCUGUUCCCAAGCACUAAAAAUGUCUUCCAGAGGGAGUGCUUUCCAUUCGAAUGUCGAUGUCGUAUGGCAAUAUCAAGCUUUUUAGUGAAGACCCAAUAGCCAAAAGAAUAGAGGAGUCGUGGUUCCCCUGCAGAUUCUCCAUACUGCCUGUGUUUAUCAGCCUAUUUGUGUAGCCACAGUGACCCCUUGUGCUCAAUGGUGCAUAAAUGUGUGAAUGUUGUUCUGUAACUGGUGAAACCAAAUAGAUGUGUUGUACAGAGCUCUGAGUGAUGCAGAUUGUCGCCUUUAUCCCCUGCUGCUAUUUGUGCUUGUUGAUAUGUGUGUCUCUAAAAGUUUUUAGCUUUAGUUUUCAAAGUUUGUGCAUUUUUGUUUCAGUUAUCUUGUACAUGCUUCUAUGAGAGCAAGAGUAUAUGGGACUUGUAAGUUUUUGCAGUAGGGCAGGGCUUCAUUUUUAAAUUUUACAGCGACUCAGUGUCAGCACAUGAUUAUCAUGGCUCAGCCUACCGCCAGGAGAAUCAUUAAGGGCAGCCUUGUGUAAUUGUUACAUUGAGUGUGUAAUAUAUGAAAAUGAGCCAUCACAAUUAGCAUGGAUGGUUAACUUUGAAAAAUGUCAUUCUGUCACUCAGAGGCCUCUUGGCCAUAUUAAGACAUACCAUUUUGCUGUGGCACCUCCUGAGACUGACAAGAUGAGCUGUGACAGCAGUGCAAAGAAGUAGUUUAUUGUAUUUAUGUUUUUGAUAUUCACAAGAUGUUUUCUUUUUAAAGAUUUACCUUAUUUAUGGUGGAUAUAUUUGACUGUGAAUGUAAUUUUUUUUUUGGUACAGCUAGUUUUAUUGUUUUCUAAAUGCAUUGUAUAAUCAUUGUGAUUGAUGAAAUCCUUACAAAUUUGAACUGAUUGUCAAUCGAUGCCUGCCAGAUUUAAAAGUCAUAAAUGUAAGUGCAAAAAUCAAAAAGCUGAGGUUUUUGUUGAUCAAAAAAAAAAAAAAAAAAAAAAAAGAUACUGCAUAAUGUAAAUCAUGGUUGAUUAUUGGAUUAAAUGUAAAAGAAAUAUUUGAUGUUAUAUGCAAUGUAGCUAUAUUAUGUGAAGAUGAGUAUGUUCUUAAAACAUGCACAUGUCUAAUAAAGUCUAUGAUCAACAAUGA